GAGUUAAAACUCAACUCUUAACCCUGACUGUCUCUGCCUUCACGCCUCAGCAGCACUGAGGAACUGAGCGGAUUAACGCUAUGCGCUUUCACACCCGACUCUUAUCUGGGAUGUAAUGUGUGUAUGUGUGUGUGGGGGGAUCCAGUGAUGUGCUGCUGAUUGCCGUAUAAUGCUCCAGAGAGACAGAGCUGAGUGCCUGGAUGUGAACCUUGCUUCAGUGCAGCACCAUGGCUGCUCUGCUCAUUGCCCUGCUGGUCUUCCUGGUUACGGCAACUGUGUGCAUCUUGAUUUGCAGGUGGCUUCUGCGGUGGCUGGCAGUGCGAUUCUUUCACAAUGUCCUAAAAGCUGAGUUGAAAAUUAAAUCAUUGGGUCUCCUGUCACUUCGAGGAAUCAGUGUGCAGUUCUUGUCUCAGCAUACACUGGAAAUAGACAGAAUAUGGAUUUCCAGCAAAUUAUUUAACCAGGACUUACCGAGAUACUUGGCGCUGUGUGUGGGUGAGACUCGGGUACGGAUUGACCUACAGGAGCCUCUGAGACCACAAGUGACCCAGAAUCAUGAUGGAAAUCCCAGCAAGACACCGCUAAGUCCUUCAACACUGCGCUUUCUGUCUCAGCUGCUGUCACUCCACGUUGACUCCUUGAAUGUGAUGGUGCUGAACCUGCUGCUUCCGGAGUCUCUCUGGCACAUGACAAGCACAGCUAUCACUCUUCUUCUCGACCACCAGUGCAAAAGGUUGGCUUGGAAUUUUACUGUGGGACAGAUCAGCAGUAAAGUUUUAAAAAGCAGCAGGCUGGACACAUGUCUGGCGGAGGCGUCUCUGGGUCUGGCUGUGAGUGGCGAUGUGAGCCUGCCUGACUUGCGCCCGGGCAGGUUGGCGCUCAGCAUGAGGACUCUGCUGGCAGAGCUGCACGAGGGACUGUUCCACUCUCAGCUGCUACUACCAAAUGCAACCUGUACUCCAGAGACUGACUCUUCCUUACCAGAACAUACAGGAGAUCAGUAUUUCCAGAUGGAACCAGUAGAAAGGAUUCACCAGAUGAUUCCCCAGAAGGUCAAUGUGGAGUUUGAGAACACUAACAUCACGCUUUCUAUGCACAGCCAAAAGCGGCAUCUGAACUGGACGCUAAAGUCUUUAAAGCUUGACUAUGACUGUGAUGAGGACCAACCUCCACUAAAAGGUUUUGUUCCUGAACUCAAGUUCCCCCAUAGUCGUUUAGAGCUGCUGCUGGAGGAUGGCCUUCUUCUCUCACAAAGCCGGCAACGGAUUAUAUGUCUCACUUCACUAAAAAGUGUACUGCAGGUGACAUCGGAGGAUAUCUGUAGCUCGGUGACAGUCAGCACGUGCAUCAUUCACUACCGCCAGCAGGAAUUCUCUCACUGGCUGGACUUGUUCUCAUGGGAACGGCUCAUUCAUAGGAAGGCCACUCACAGGAAAAAGCGUCUCCCUCUCCUGGAUGUUCCUGUCAGAUUUAGCUCUACUGUGUCAAAUGUUAAUGUGUCCAUUCAACUGGGAGACACUCCACCAUUUGCCCUGGGUUUCAUUUCUGUUGGUACAGAACUGCAACACUCUGUGGACUCCACUAAACAAGACGUAACCUUGACAUUGUCCCUGGACCAUUUUUGGUGGAGAGUUGGUCAGGGCUCUCACAUACAGCAAGCACCUCAUCCACCAGGAAAACACGUGUGGGGAGAGGCACUUAUCAUGGACUCCUUCACACUGCAGGGCAGCUACAGUAAUUCCCAAAGUGUGGAGUCCAGUUCUCCAGCCAGUGUCUGCAUGGAGUCCAGUUUGCAGGGCCUGCAGGUGGAGCUAUCUGAGACCUGUGCUCUGUGCCUCUCUCGUCUGUGCUCCAUCCUAAAACUGGGCCAAGCUCAAGAUUCACUCACUCCAGCACCUUCCACUACACAAGAGUCAGCAUCUCGCUUACCUUUAGUUUUGAAACUUCAGUUCAACCUACAGGAUGUAAACAUGUUUACACUUUCUAAUUUAGCAGGUGCUGUGGUGUUUCGGGUGGAUGAAGUAGGAGCCAACAGCUCCACUGAGAACUCGCAAGUGUUAAUACGAGGUGUGGCCCUGUCUAUACUAAAGUCACUUAGCGAGAGCACUGAGCCUUGCUACACUGCAGACCAGGCUUGUAGCCCUGUUGUCAGUCUCAGCAGCCUCACCAUGGCCUACAAGAGCAACAGUCACACCCUGGAGAUGCAGAGUGAAAAUGUCUUGGCCGUGCAUUGGACGCCAUCUGAUCACAUGUUUUUGUAUCAGCAUGCCUGUGAAAGUCGUAGCUGCUGGAGCACACUGCAUGCUGUACUAGGCAUUAAUCAGAAAGAAGUCACCUUACCCUCUCCGCCCUCUUCUGCUUUAAAAAACCUCAGCAUGCAUUUUGUUUUGGCCAACACACAGCUCACUGCCCAUGUUGCAGAGAAGAACUUUGUCAUUGUGCGCGCCGAGGCUCUGUCUGUUUCCAAGCAGCUUGGAGAGACUCACCUCAAGUCUCAUCAGGUGGUGCUCAACUUUGAUGGCAAUGAUAUUUUUACAUUCUCUGAGCCAGAGGUGAAAAUGCUUGAUGAUUCAGAUGAGCUUCAGCAGCACCGUAAUCGCUUUCCGUUUCUGUCAACACUACACAACCGUGCUUGGCUCUUUUCCUUUCCUGUGCUAACUGUGGAAUUCCCAUACCAGUACAACUUUUCUAGCACUUUUGACAAGACUGUUAGUGCACAGAAAUGGCUAAAGAGCCUCCACAGAACUGGUUCUACCAAGUCUGAAAGGCUUCCUCCAGAUCUCGCCUUCCGUGUAGGCCAGUUCUCCUUCGUCUUUCUGGAUGAUGUGUUUGAGAUUAAACUGCGCGACAACUAUGAGCUGAUGAAGGAUGAAAGCAAAGAGAGUGCCAAACGCCUGCAGCUACUUGACCGGAAAGUGGCUGAGCUGCGCAGGAUGCAUGGCGAAUUGCUACCCGCACGCAAGAUUGAGGAGCUGUACACCUCACUGGAGCGUAAACACAUAGAAAUCUACAUCCAGCGCUCACGCCGUCUUUAUGCCAGCACCCCGAUGCGCAAGGCGCUGCUCACAUGGAGUGUGACAAAAUUGGAUCUGGUGGUCUUGGCCGAUCAAUCACUCCACGGGCAUGAGCGUAUGCGUGAGCUACUCUGUGAAAUCGAUGGUGUCAGUCCCUUUCCUAGAGAAGGACUGCCUCUGGUGGUGCAGUGGUGCCGAGCCAUAUCUUUUAAGCUUAGUGCAUUUUUGGUGAGGAUACGAGAUUACCCACGAUACCUGUUUGAGAUAAGAGAUUGGGAGCUAACAGGGCGUCUCAUAGGGACCGAGCAGGACGGUCAGAUGCGUGGAUGGCGCAAGGAAGUGGUUCAACUCGGCCAGCCUUGGGGAGAUGUGACUGUUAUCCGUAAUAUGCCUCCUCUCAAAUUCUACUACGAUGUCACCUCAAACAUAUCACUUUAUACUAUUGUGUGGGGGCCUUGCUGGGACCCAGCGUGGACUCUGAUCGGCCAGGCAGUGGAUUUACUGACCAAGCCCACUGCAGACCCGUCUCCUCUUCUAGCCUGGUGGGAUAAAAGCAGGCUGCUCCUGCAUGGACAGUGGCACAUGGACAUUGAACAAGCAAACCUACACCAGCUUGCCAAUGAGGACCCUUAUAACACCACAGAAAACAUGCACUGGGAGUGGAACAAGCUCAGUUUUGACUGGAAUCCUGGCCAGUUUGUUUUCAAGGGUGACUUGGAUGUCAAUGUGAGAACUGCCUCAAAGUAUGAUGAUAUCUGUUUCCUGCACCUUCCCAACCUGUGUAUGACGCUGGACCUGCAGUGGCUUUGCCAUGGCAACCCACAUGACCACCACUCGGUUAUGUUGUGCAGUGCAGACAGUGUGGCUGAUGUCACUUCGGGACAGCCACACGAUUCAUACAGGGCCUUUCGCUCAGAAAACCUUAACCUCUCCAUCACAAUGGACCUUAACCAGAACAGCGGCGAAGAGCCCUGUCAGCCACAGAUACUCCUGUACAGCAGCACUCUGCGCUGGAUGCAGAACUUCUGGGCCACAUGGACCAGCGUGUCACGGCCCAUCUGCAGAGGAAAACUCUUCCACAGCCUCCGGCCCUCACGCAGGAAGCUCGGCCAGCACUACAAGCAGCUGUCCUACACAGCAGCAUUUCCCCAGCUUCAGGUUCAUUAUUGGGCAUCUUUUGCUCAGCAGCGUGGAAUUCAGCUGGAGUGUAGUAAAGGUCAUGUCUUCACCAGAGGAACACAGAGGCUAAUACCACAGGCAGGCACAGUUAUGAGGAGACUAAUCUCAGAGUGGAACGUGACUCAGAUGGUGAGUGAGCUGUCUUUCGUCACGGUGCACCUGAUGUCCUCCAGCUCAGACGAGACAGCCGACCACCAAAUCAAUGCACAAGUGAAGAAGACUCAUUUACUCAGCCUGUCUUCACUCAGCUACCAGAGACAAAGCAACCGCAUAGAGGAGGAGGUGAGUUCAAAGGAUGAGUUUAAUGCCUCCUACACGCACAAGCUGUGUUUGGUGGAUCUGCGUGCCUCCUGGACUGCCACCAACAGGAACAUCGCCUUCGGUCUGUAUGAUGGUUAUAAGAAGGCAGCCGUUCUGAAGAGAAACCUGUCUACAGAGGCACUGAAGGGCCUGAGGAUCGACACACAAGUUCAAGCUAAGAAGCUUAAACGCUCCAUGUCCACUUAUACACCUAAUACUGCUCUUUCUACCCCUAUCGUGUCUACUGCCAGUCGUACUGAGAAAAACCAGAACGAAGGCACAUCCAUGCUGCAGAAGCUGAUCGAGGAGACGGAUAAGUUUGUGGUGUUUUCUGAAGAGGAUGCUGGAGUGAGCGACCAGCUGAGUGGAAUCGCAGCAUGCCAAACAGAUGAUGUGUACAACCACAACUGGUGCAUUGAGCUGGUCAACUGUCAGAUGAUGCUGCGAGGCACUGAGACAGCAGGCUGUGUGCUCGUUUCAGCUGCAAAGGCUCAGCUGCUACAGUGUGAACAUCAUCCUGCUUGGUACAAUGAUACACUGAAGCAGAAGACCACUUGGGCCUGCUCACUGGACUGUAUGCAGUACUUUGCCACCAUGGAGCCCAAUCCUUCAGAACAGGAGGAUGGACAACUGUGGCUAGAGGUGAAGAACAUUGAGGAACACAGGCAGCGGACGCUGGACUCUGUGCAGGAGCUGAUGGAGAGCGGGCAGGCUGUAGGUGGCAUGGUCAGCACCACCACAGACUGGAACCAGCCAUCACAUGUGCAGGAGACUCAGCAGGUCCAGCGUAUCAUCUCACGUUGCAGCUGCCGCAUGUAUUACAUCGGCUACAGUCAUGAUAUUGACCCAGAACUAGCCACACAGAUCAAACCCCCAGAAAUACGUGACCGCCAUGAAAAAGAGGAUCUGCUCAAGAAGCAGGCUGGUGCGGUAGACACCUUCACUCUCAUUCAUAAUGAUUUGGAGAUCUCCACCAACCCAGUGCAGUAUGCCAUGAUUCUGGACAUAGUCAACAACCUCCUGCUGCAUGUGGAACCCAGACGCAAGGAGCACAGUGAGAAGAAGCAGCGUGUGCGCUUCCAGCUGGAGAUCUCCAGCAAUCCCGAGGAGCAACGCAGCAGCAUUCUGCACCUCCAGGAGGCUGUUCGCCAGCAUGUGGCCCAGAUCCGACGACUCGAGAAGCAGAUCUACUCAAACAUAAGGUCCCAGACUGAGGAGCUAACAGGAGACGAGCUGUCUGCCAUCAAUAUGCGCCUUCAGAAUCAGCUCAAUCAGGAAAAGACGGAUCUGCAAAUGAAAAGCGAGGAGCUCAACAUCCUCAUUAGAUGUUUUAAGGACUUUCAGCUGCAGCGGACAAAUAAGCUGGAACUGCGAAAACCUCCAGAAGAUGUGAGUGUGGUGCGUCGUACCGAAAUUUAUUUUGCUCAGGCACGUUGGUGUCUCACAGAAGAGGACGGCCAGCUGGGCAUCGCUGAGCUUGAGCUGCAGAGGUUCAUGUACAGCAAGCUAAACAAAUCUGAUGACACAGCAGAACAUCUUCUGGAGCUUGGCUGGUUCACAAUGAAUAACCUGCUUCCAAAUGCAGCUUACAAGGUGGUGUUGCGUCCACAGAGCUCCUGCCAAUCAGGACGACAGCUUGCCCUUCGGAUCUUCAGCAAAGUUCGUCCCCCGGUGGGCGGGAUUUCUGUCAAAGAGCAUUUUGAGGUGAAUGUGGUCCCACUUACCAUCCAGCUGAUGUACCACUUCUUUAAAAGAAUGAUGGGUUUUUUCUUCCCUGGAAGAAACGUUGAGGAGGAGGAAGUUGGAGACGAAGAGGAUAAGUUACGAAUGGUCACCACAGGUGUUGUAAAAUCAAGGCAGCUGACUGAGGACUCUAUCGGAGGACUAGGCCCCAGUAAAGGAGUCAGUCAGGGGAUGAAUCGCACAACAGGUGUCCGGAGGUCAUUUCGUAAACAACCGGAGCAUCCUAUAGAUGACAUAGACAAAAUGAAAGAAAGAGCUGCAAUGAACAACUCGUUCAUCUACAUAAAAAUCCCUCAGGUUCCCCUUUGUGUCAGCUACAAGGGUGAAAAGAGUAGCGUGGACUGGAAGGAUCUGAACUUGGUGCUGCCUUGUUUAGAGUAUCACAACAACACCUGGACAUGGCUGGAUUUUGCUAUGGCUGUGAAAAGAGACAGUCGAAAAGCUCUGGUUGCACAGAUGAUAAAAGAGAAGCUGCGUCUGAAGCCUGCCUCAGUCUCUGACUCUCGGGGAAAAGCAGCAGAAGGAAAGGCUGACAGCAGCCUGCAGCAGCAGAUGGAGGAUGAGAAGGCACGCCUGCUGAUCGGUCUUAGCACCACUGACAAGAGCUCCAGCAAGAAGAUCUUUAGCCGCCACAAGUGAUUCCUCUUCAACAGUACAACACUGUGGAGAGAUUAAACUCACAUCUGCUUCCCUUCGUCUAGUGGACCAUGGAGAUCAAAGCAUUUUAUUUGAAAAAGAUCUAAAAUGACUGAGUUACUGAGAUUCUCCUCACACUUUCAAAGAUCCAUGCUGGCUAUGGAUUUCUGAUGCCCCGAGAAGUCCUCAUGUCUCUCAGAUCUGUCACCCUGCUGGUAAUGAAGAGCACAGUGUCCUUCUAGGGAUCAAUGUGAAAUUCUCACUCACUUCUUUUUGUGCCAUACGUGUUUCACGUAUAAUUGUAGUUCACUGCUUUAUACACUUAUCAGGAAAGCAAUUUCAGAGAGUCCUCAGGUGUUCAAGAUGUUAGAGUUGUUUUAAUUUCAAAAGAUAAGUAUUGAACACACAUAAUGGUUGUGUUUUAAUGACUGCCAGCAUGUCUCCUGCUGGCACAGAGAGACCGUGCGAAUCACUGCAACCUAUUUAAUGCACAUUAGAAGAUCAAGAGGGAUCAGAAAAUAGGUUUCACUCCAGAGAUGAACUUUACAUGUUCUAAAAUGCAUUUCCAUUCACUUACCUAAUGCCUUGACCACUUAAGUUGCACUCACACUGAAAGGGCCCUUAGGAAUUUAUUCCUUAACACUGGCCUAUAAUUCCAGAAAGUAGCAGGUGUUUAAUGUUCUAUUGUUGGUCUAGGAAAGGCGGCACAGUGGUGUAGUGGUUAGCACUGUCGCCUUGCACCUCCAGGUUUCUGGUUCGAUUCCUGGCCAGGAUUGAUUCCCGUCUCUGUGUGCAUGGAGUUUGCAUGUUCUCCCAAUACUUAGUGGGUUUCCUCCGGGUACUCCGCUUUCGUCCCACAGUCCAAAGACAUGCAGAUGAGGCUAAUUGGCGUUUUCAAAUUGCCCAUAGUGUGUGAAUGAGUGUGUGAGUGUAUGUGUGCAUAAUGGAUUGGCACCCUGUCCAGGGUGUACCCCGCCUUGUGCCCUAAACCUCCUGGGAUAGGCUCCAGGUCCCUGCGACCCUAAAUACAGGAUAAAGCGGUAUAGAAAGUGAGUGAAUGAAAGUGUUGGUCUAAGAUUUACUGUGCAAUAUUGCAACACAAAAUAAAUUGAAUAUCCGUUGAUUUAAUAGAUUUUCUUUCUUUUUAAUCUUGAUAUUCUUGGGGAGCUUUUGGUUCGUAAUUUUUGGGAGCAUUUGUGAUCAUUUUAACACUGUGGCACUUUUCAUUGUUUUGGUGUUCUAUUGCUGGUUAUUUUUUUGCGGUUUCAGAUGAACAAAUGACAUUUACUUCAGCUUAGAUGUUAAAUAUUUUUCAGUUUAUAUCAAGAGGUUGGCCUUGACUGUCUUGUGAGGAUUUAGAUUUUCGAUGUCAACAUGCUUUGUAAAUUAAUUUUCAGUAUUAAAAAUCAAAACUCCAUGUAAAAACCUGUCAAAUUGUUCUGUUGGAGAUUACUUCCUGUUGAACAAGGGAUAAAUUAUGUAUGUUUUGUAAUUACUGUAGCAUUCUUUCUCUUCUCAGAAUUAAGUUUGUUGCUACACUAUAGAAGAUUAACAUUAUUACUCAUCUGCUGCUUUAUCGAUAAAUGACUGACCUUAUACAGGAAAGAUUAUCAAAGAUUGUUAAGAGCUCUUGAUCUUGAUCCAAUCAAGAAAUUUUUUUUAUUCUAUUCAAUCUACAAAUUACCCAUUAUUUACAGAACUGGUAGAUUAAAGUAAAUGCUAUAACAAA